AUGAAAUCUCAAUUAUUAAAAUCAUCUAGAAUUCGUCAAAAGACUCGACGAGUGCCCAGUAAUGAGAGCGAGAAGUACUCCUAUACCCGAGCCCGUUCAAUGGACCGGAACGAAUCCCCUUCAGGAGAACUUCGUACCCGACUGAUUUCACCUGAACCUGUUGGAGAUUACACUUAUGUGAAUUACCAUGAUUCGUCGAAUGGAAGACCGAAUGGUAUAAAGGACGAAAAACGAUUGCCAAGGAGCAUCCUCAAGAACAAGCAGGUAAAUUUCUACUCUAGUGAAAGCUGUUAUUCCAAUUAUUUCAAAGUUUUUGACCGAUUACGGCGUCAUCUGUCUCUGGAAAAGAGCGCGUCGCCACAAGGACAGAAGCGUUCAUUACUAUCGUUUAAUAGAAGAAGAACCAGCGAAGUACGAGUGGAUCCCGACGGAAGGCUGGUUACUAACGGAUGUGAUGAUGCUGUCAAUUACAACCGCCCGAACUCCCCAAUGGACAAAAUAAAGUCGUUGUUCCGCAAAAAUGACGCUCCCAACGUUUCAUCGGGCCUAUCGAGUAGCGACUAUUAUGCGGGGCGGUCCGUAAAAUUCGACGUUUUUGACUUGCUUGUAAAGCUUAUUGAGGAAAAAAUUUUUCAGUUAUCCUGGAGUCGUGAUCCAUCAUCGGUGCUCAAUCGCUACAGCUACACGCCCGGGAUGUCUGAUCAACGGCGUCAUUGGUACGACGAUCAUAACAUGUACUAG